AUGCAAAAACGCCAAAAACCCAAAUAUCUUGCUACUGGUUUAGCUUUUAGGCAAAUUGCUUUAACAUUUAGAAUUUCAAAAACAGCAGUUUCUUCAAUUGUUAUUGAAGUUUGUAAAGCAAUUUGGAAGAUUUUGAAAGAAAAACAUAUGCCCACACCAACGGUUGCUGAUUUUGAAAAUAUUGCACAAGAGUUUUAUGAAAAUUGGAAUUUUCCCAAUUGUUUUGGUAGUCUUGACGGCAAACACAUUCGGAUAAAAUGUCCAAAAAACUCUGGUAGUAUGUUUUUCAAUUAUAAACAGUUUUUUUCUAUUGUUUUAAUGGCUGUGGCAGAUGCAAAUUAUAAAUUUAUUAUGAUUGAUGUUGGAGCUUAUGGGAAAGAUAGUGACGGAGGUAUACUAUCAAACUCGAAUAUUUUAAAACGUCUUGAAAAUAAAACUUUAAAACUACCUUAUCCUAAAAAAUUACCAAAUUCUAACGUAACUGGUCCAUAUACUUUCAUUGCUGAUGAAGCAUUUCCUCUGCGAACAUACAUAAUGCGACCAUACCCAAGGAGGUUAUUGAAUGAUGAAAAUAAAAGUUAUUUCAAUUAUAGACUUUCCAGAGCACGAAUGACAAUAGAAUGUGCUUUCGGUAUAGCAUCAGCAAAAUUUAGAAUUUUGCAGAAGUCAAUGCAGAAGUGGAAAUAA